CCACCGUCCCAUCAGUCUUUGCCGCCGGAAGACGCUGCCGUGUAGGCGCGGAAACAAAUAGAAACAGUUGCGUUUGAUGUUGUAUAUUUUUUUAAAAAAAAAGACAUGGCACAGCUCGGGUUAAUGUAAUGUAAAUGUUCUUCUGCAGUGCGGUGUUCGGCAAUAGGGCGGCUCAGCGCGUUGGUUCGGUUUUGGCUCAAGUGCGAAGCUGUGCACGGUGCAGCUCUAAAUGGUGGGCUUGCACGCUGUGGCCCUGAUCUGCUGUGCUUCAGGCUAGCUCGCAUCGGUAACAUACAGUAGCAGAUCGAAGAUGUCGGGGUUUAAUUUUGGCAGCGGCGGCGGCCUGGGAUCUACUACCGCAGGGGGCGGAUUUUCAUUAGGAGCUGCGACCAGCAACCCUACAGGGACCGGGGGUUUCGGCCUGGGCACUCUGGGUGCUGCCACAGCCUCGGGCACUGCCACGACGACCACCACAGCCUCCUCCCUGUCUCUUGGGAGCGCCGUCUUCCCGCAGAAACAGGCUACCGGGUUCGCGUUCGGGACUCCUGCCUCCGGAACAGCAGCAACAGGACCUGUGACAGGAUUGACACUAGGAACCCCAGCAGCCACCACUACUGCCUCUACCACUGGCUUCACUCUGGGUUUCAACAAACCGGCAGCUUCUGCCACGCCCUUCUCUCUUGUAACCUCCUCUGCUCCGGGGGGCCUCACGUUAGGCUCCAGCAUCGCCUCGUCCACUGCCCAGACCGGCUCAACCGGCUUUGCACUGAACCUGGGUGGUACUAACCUGACGUCUGCCCCAGGCUCCACUGGCUUGACGCUGGGCUCCACUCUGGCGGGUCUCGGUUCUGGCCUGUUCCAAAACACAGCUGCCACAGGGCUAGGCCUGGGCGCUCUGGGCUCUGCCACCUCCAGCGCUCCGGUGGCCUCUGCCGGCCUUGGCCUUGGAGGGCUUGACUUCAGCACCUCCUCUGAGAAGAAGAGUGAUAAAUCGGGUGCAAGACCAGAGGAUAGUAAAGCAUUAAAGGAUGAAAAUCUACCUCCAGUUAUCUAUCAAGAUGUGGACAAUUUUCAAAAGUUUGUCAAGGAGCAGAAGCAAGUUCAAGAGGAAAUCAGCCGCAUGUCUUCCAAAGCAAUGCUGAAGGUGGAGGAAGACAUCAAGAGCCUUAAGCAGCUGCUGUCUGUCUGUGCCAGCGGGCUGCAGAGAAACUCCUUGUCUAUCGAUAAAUUGAAGAUAGAAACCGCGCAGGAGUUGAAGAACGCAGAUAUAGCUCUGCGCACACAGAAGACCCCUCCGGGCUUGCAGCAUGAAAACACAGCACCUGCAGACUAUUUCCGUGGGCUGGUUGAACAGUUUGAAGUGCAGCUGCAGCAAUAUAGGCAGCAGAUAGAGGAGCUUGAAAACCACCUCACGACUCAGGCCAGCAGCUCCCACAUCACGCCUCAAGAUCUUUCUCUGGCCAUGCAGAAGCUUUAUCACACCUUUGUAGCCGUUGCUGCUCAGCUGCAGUCUGUCCACGAGAAUGUGAAGAUCCUGAAGCACCAGUACCUGGGCUACAGGAAAGCCUUCUUGGAAGACUCCACAGAUGUAUUUGAGUCAAAGCGGGCAGCCAAUAAGAAGUGGGAGAGCGCCCCACGAGUCACCACAGGACCCGCCCCCUUCAGCACUGUUCCGAAUGCAGCGGCUGUUGCCAUGGCUGCGACUCUUACACAGCAGCAACAGCCUGCUACAGGAACACAGCCGUCCCUGGGAGUUAGUUUUGGCGCGCCAUUCGGCUCAGGUAUUGGCACUGGCUUGCAGUCAAGUGGCUUAGGCUCUUCAGGCCUCGGAGCGUUUGGAAGUGGCCCCGGCUUCGGCAGUGUCACCAGUGGGGGCUCCUCUUUCGGAUUUGCACCUUCAAAUAAGCCCUCUGGAGGGAGCCUCAGUGCAGGAUUCGGCAGCUCCAGCACGUCCGGCUUCAACUUCAGCAACACGGGGAUCACGGCGUCGGCCGGGCUGACUUUCGGGAUGCCCAGCGCGCCGGCCACGGGCUUCGGGGCAGGAGGGCCGCUGCUGCAGCUGAAGAAGCCCCCCGCGGGCAACAAGAGGGGCAAGAGAUAGAGCCCAGGGGGGUAAAAGGAAGGGAAGGUGUGGCCAUCACACCCACAUUGUUACUAAGAUUUCUAUUUUUAUAUCUCGGGGUGGGCUUGUACAAAAACCAACUGGGCGCGUUUUCAAUUGUUUUGUUUUUGCUGGCGAUUGUUGUUUUGCUUCCUUUCUUUUAGGAUUUUUGUUUGUAGGGACAGUGUCUGUAAGCCGUUCUAGCGAGCGGCCUCGCCUGUGGCGAUCUGAAGUUGCCUGUGGGGACGCCGCUGGGCCUCUGUAAGGUGGCGUGACCAGUGUAACCCGGCCCAGAAUUCACCUCCGGCGUACGGCCCGCAGGGCGCGUUGAUUUCUCACGCGAUGUCACAGGUUACAUUUAGCUCCCCUGCAUUGUUUUUCUACCAGGAUAGAAUCUAAACGGAGAUUAUGAUUUCAUGAGAAAUAGGAGUCAUUUCUGACAUUUCGUCCGCCACCUUCCUAAUGCGUUGUGAUUUUCAGUGGCACAGCAAAAUCAUGAAACGCAGGUUUGUGCAAUCCAGGCUCACAACUCUGUAGGGUAACUGGGCUGCAGAGUCCGACCCUAUCAUCCAAAAUCAGAGGAAUGUAAAAUAUUUCACCAAUUUUGUGUUUCUCCGCAGGGAACUUUUGUUUAGUGAUUUAUCACGACCUGCCUUUCGUUGUCCCUGUCGUGAGGUGUUUGGCUAUCGUUUGUGUUUAAUCUCCAUGCGUCGAUGACGUCUUGUUUCAUUGCCACACUGACUGACCCGCUUUCAGCGACAGACUCUAGUGUUGUAUUUGUUUUCUGAGUUGAUGUGUUUUCAGUUCUCUUAGUUCCUGGAUGAAAUUACUCCGCCGUUGUUGUUUUUUUUUUGUAAAUUGCCCUUGGUACCUUGUUACCAAAAUAGAUAAAUACGUUUUGCUAAACUUGUACCAGAAUUUAUGUGUAAACAUGUAUUUUCCAACUACAGAGCAACCAUGUUUAAUAAUAAAAAAGAAAAUAGUGCA